ACGGCACCUCCGUCCGAAAUUUGAAUCUGAUUUGUCAUUGACGGAAAGUUUACACGCUUUUGUGACUGGUUUUAAGUUGCUAGAUUCCAAAAAACCCUAAUUUUGCGCUGUCUCGCCUCGAUUUCCAGUUGUAAUCUUGCUUUUCGCCACGCGGACUGCUUCUUGUUGCUGCUUCGCCAUGUGCCUGGGACAAACAUACUGAGCUUAUUUCGAUUUUGUUCGCGAAUAUUUCACACCACUGUGAAUUUGCUGUGAAUUCCCAGUGAUCGCGUUUGAUCUCCAGAUCAACUAACUCGUCAAAACUUCUAAACAAGCAACUUGGGGACCUUAUCUGGAGCAAUGGUCGCUUGUUUGCUCUGUUGUGUGUUUAUGUUUUUCAACCAUCACCACCACGUUCGCUGCCAACACCAAUCGGCCCGUCAAGCUGUUCCCACAGUUAUCGCUGGUACUUCUCCGGGACUAGCUUCCCAGUAUCACGUUGUCGAGAACACCGGACAAUUUCCAGUCACGACAGAGCGAACGAAAACGUCGACUUGCGAGCUACCGGGGGACACAUUCGGCGGCGACUGCCUCCAGCACGUCUUUGAGAAAUACGGAGAAAACGGCGUAAUGACUUUAUCGGGGUUUGAGAAGUUACUGCGCAGUAUCGGACUGUCCGAAAGUAGCAGCGACGAAGAACACCACGAUGACGAUGACGACCACCAUGUCGAAGACGAUUACGAAGCAGCUCGAAAGCAGUUCGAAGAUGCGUUGCAAAGAAAGAGUAUGUCGCUGUCGCAAAAAACCGGCACAAAUCGAGAAUCGGUCGACGACGUUAGGAUCGUGGACGACGCCUCGAUGUUGAAAGAUACACACAAACUCUCAACUAGAAGUGCGCAUACAAAUACAGAAGAAAACGAUCUCCAGUAUUCCAAGUUGCCUGGUAACAGCCGAAUUAAACGAGGAGACGAUUUUCAGAUGACAUAUAACGAUCUUUCCGAGAGCAAAGACGAGAGUUCAUCAUACUCAGAUGGUCUGGAUGUGUUAUCUGAACACGAACACGGAGGAGAAGAUGAUACACAUCAGUGCUGGAUGCCUAAGAGAUACUUUGAUAUAUCCAGUUACCAUAGCAACAGCAAUCAAGAUACCAUUGACCAAUCAGCUUUCAUUCAGAUAUGUCCAAUCUUAAUACAGCAACUAGAGAGCCAAUCAUGUCACAAAAACGACCGUGAUCAUUCUGAUGAAUAUGCAAAUGAGGACAACUUUACAGACAUUCCUCCACAUGUAUGGGGCUAUGGAAUACUCUCCAUAACUAUCAUUAGCCUGGUGUCUUUGUGUGGUAUUCUCAUCGUUCCGGUCUUUCGUAGAUUUCCAGAAGGUUAUAAGAGAUUAUUAGCUGUCCUUGUGGCGCUGGCUGUGGGCACUUUGUCAGGUGAUGCCAUACUACAUCUGAUUCCCCAUUCUUACGGACUCCACGCACAUGAAGAGAGUGAUGGCAGUGAGCACAGUGACCAUGGCGACGACAACAAAGCACAGGAAGCGGUUUAUCGGGGAUUGGUCGUUUUACUCGGCAUUUAUUUUUUCUUUAUGGUAGAAAGAUUGAUGCAUAUUUAUUCAGAUACGAAAAAAAAACAG